CUUCGCGAGUUGCCCGAGAACUUUGUUUUGAGCCAGCAAUCUGGCCGGAGGGAAGUUUUGUGGCGGCAGCUCCGAGCCCGAGGCGACCGCGGGUCGGGGUGGUGAGAAAGGGGGAUCCCCAGGGUGCCCGGAUCAGAUUCUAAAGAAGCCUGCCUGGCCGCCAUGGAAGGGUCUCGGGGGCUGCCACUGUUACUGCUGCUGCUGCUGCUGCUCUCCCCCGUGGAAGGUCUUGCUAGUGGAAAAAAUGAAGCAAAGAAAUUUGGCUUGACAUCUACCAAGUCAUAUUCACAAGAGGUGGACUCAGUAGGUGUACAACCAGUAGCCCAGUCUUUUCUGGCCUGGUUAAAUUAUACUUCUCCGGUCAGUACAUUGUCACCUCCUAUGGAUUCCAGGCUUAUUAAGAUCAAUACAGUCACCUCACCAGGAGAUCAUGCAGGUCAUCUUCUCCAAUCAAUUAAGUUUAAUCCUACAAUAGGAACCAUACUAAGCGCUGAACAUAUGGAUAUCACAUUUAAUUGCUCGAUCGAUGUUCCCAAGUCACUGGUCAGCCAAGACUUCCCACCUAUUACCUUGUGGAAGAAUGGGAAGGAAAUUCUUGACGUUAGCAGCCACUAUUACCAGUUUGAUGAUAAUGAAUUAACCACUAUGAAAGCUGCUUUCAGUAUACCCAAUGCUCAGCAUUCUGAUAAAGGGUCUUAUAGCUGCAAAUUGACAAUUGAGAAUGUGGAAAUUGAAUCAGAUCCUAUUUUGGUUUUGUUGGAAGGACUGCCACAUUUCAUUAAGCAGCCCCAGGGGUUGAAUGUUACCCGAAAUGAACCAUUCAAUCUCACAUGUCAUGCUGUGGGGCCUCCUGAGCCUGUUGAGAUUCGCUGGCAUUGGAACAGCAACCAAAUCCCAAAGAAAACUGACAUUUCUCCAUCUGUGCUGAGCAUGCCAGGUGAGUUAAAUCCAUUUGUCCUGACACAAAUUUAUUGGGAAUUCUGGGACUAUACCCUAACUACUAGUAAUGCUUUAUCUAGAGGAUGCAACAAACUAUUUGAACUCAGGCUUCCAUCUCCACCUAUGAAGGUUCAUGUUCUGAGUGCAAGAGCCCACACAGUGCUGCUAUCCUGGGUCCCAGGGUUUGAUGGUUAUUCGCCUUUCAAUUCCUGCAGUAUUCUGGUAAAAGAAGUCGAUGCACCAAGUAACACUUCUACGAUGACUUUUAACACUUCUGUACCACCGCAUGAGUAUCUUAUUCAGAGUCUAUCAGCCAUGAAGGAUUACAACAUCAGUGUUUCUUGUAGGAAUGAAGUAGGAUGGUCAAGCCUCAGCCCUUGGAUUAUGGCUAGUACAACUGAAGGAGCUCCAUCUGGUCCCCCUUUGAAUGUCACAAUCUCUAUAAACGAAUCCAGUUCUUCAGUAAUAGUCAAGUGGAUUAAGCCUCCUGCUUCACAGAUGAAUGGUAAACUUCAGAGCUACAGGAUCUCUCAUGUGUGGCAAACAUCAGAACGAUCUAAGAAUCACUCUUUUUCUACCAGUAAAGAUACGAAUGUCAUUCAUAUUCCAUUUAUGACCACAAAUGUCACCUGCAUAGUGCAAGUAGCUGCUGUCACUAAUGGUGGAGUUGGGCCUUUCAGCGACCCUGUAGCAAUGUUCAUUCCAAGCAAUGGUUUGAUAUCUGUUGCACCUUCUACAACACUAGAAUCUAGAAAUACAGAUUCACUUACAAUAGUCCUUGGAUUUAUAUGUGGAGUUGUCAUCAUUGGGCUAAUCCUGUACAUAUCUGUGAUUAUCAGGAAAAAAAUUACAGAGGAGACCAAAUUUGGGUAUGCUUUUAGCAGACAAGAGACAGAACUGGCUGUAAAUUACAGAGUCAAGAAAUCUUAUGGCCGCAGAACUGUGGAACUGACAUUGGGUAGCCUAGGAGUAAGUGAAGAACUUCAGGAAAAACUCCAGGAUGUUAUGAUUGUCCGGAACAACUUGGCCCUAGGAAAAAUCUUGGGAGAAGGGGAAUUUGGAUCAGUCGUGGAAGGGAGUCUCAGUGAUCCUGAUGGAACCACUCAAAAAGUUGCUGUGAAAACAAUGAAAUUGGACAGCUUUUCCCAACGAGAGAUUGAAGAGUUCCUCAGAGAAGCAGCUUGUAUGAAAGAUUUUGAUCACCCAAAUGUCAUCAAACUUCUUGGUGUAUGCAUAGAACCCAGUACUCAGCAGAUUCCAAAGCCCAUGGUGAUUCUUCCAUUUAUGAAAUAUGGAGAUUUGCAUAGCUUUCUUCUUCGGUUAAGGCUUGGAGUGGCUUCCCAGUAUGUUCCACUGCAAAUUUUAUUGAAGUUUAUGAUCCAUAUUGCUCUAGGAAUGGAAUACCUCAGUAGCAAAAAUUUCCUCCACAGGGACCUGGCUGCCCGAAAUUGCAUGUUGCGAGAUGACAUGACAGUGUGUGUAGCAGACUUUGGUUUAUCCAAGAAAAUUUAUAGUGGAGAUUAUUACCGGCAAGGGCGUAUUGCAAAGAUGCCUGUUAAAUGGAUUGCUAUAGAAAGUCUUGCAGAUCGAGUCUACACAACAAAAAGUGAUGUGUGGGCGUUUGGUGUUACAAUGUGGGAGAUAGCAACUCGAGGAAUGACUCCAUACCCAGGAGUGCAGAACCACGAAAUCUAUGAUUACCUACUUCAUGGGCAUAGACUAAAGCAGCCAGAAGGCUGUUUAGAUGAUUUGUUUGAAAUCAUGUAUUCCUGUUGGAGGGCAGAUCCUGUGGAUCGACCAACCUUCUCAGAACUUAAGCUUCACCUGGAGAAAAUAUUGGAAAGCUUACCUGCUCUGAGUGAACCAAGCAGUGUAAUUUAUAUUAACACAAACUUGCAGGAAGAGAAUGCAAAAGAGCUAAUGGAAGAUGACGAGUUUCCUCAAAUAGACACAGUCCUUGAUCCAAAUGAAAUCAUACAAGCUUGUUCCCAGAGUCCAGAGCCUACAGUAGUCACUGUGGAUAUCCACGAAAGCAGUGGAACAGGGUAUAGAUACAUUUUAAGUGGAGUCAAUGAUGAGCACCAGGCCAGUCUGGUAAGAACAGAGGAGGAAAAUAUGUCAUUGCUUCAGCCCACUCACUUGCAGAAUGGAAGGCAAUGGUCUCAAGCCAGCACACUCCCUGUAGGAAGUGCAUUGGCUAAUGAACUGCUCUUUGCAGAUGAUUCUUUGGAGGAGUCUGAAAUUCUACUAUGAAGAAAAACUAGCAUUCUCUAAUGAACUGCAGAUCAGAGACCCUUCUGAGCUAGAAGUGCUCUGGAUAGCAUUGGACGUUCUCAUCACGGAAAGCCAUUCCUGUGUAGCAUGGUCUCUACUCUUUGUGUAGCGGAUAACUUUAGAAGAAACGUUUGUAUCUUUAUAGAAAUUAUAUUUUAAUAAACAAAUGUGGU